GCCACUCUCAUUCCAUUAUCCAAUGGAAGUAAGCGACGAAGGGAACGUGACGAGGGUGCAAUCUCUCGCCCAAUCGGGUCUCUCCCGGGUCCCGCCCCAAUACAUCCAACCACCGCAAACCCGACCCGUUCGCCAACCCGACCCGACACAGACCCUUCCAGUCAUCGACCUCUCUUCCUUCGACCUCGCCGCCGUCGCCCACGCCUGCCGCCACUGGGGCGCCUUCCACGUCACCAACCACGGCGUCCCGCCCUCCCUCCUGGCCGCUCUCCGCCGCGCCGCCCUCUCCUUCUUCAUCGACACCCCCAUGCCGGAAAAGCUCCGCUACGCCUGCUCCCCCGCCGCCCCCGCCUCCGAGGGAUACGGAAGCAAGAUGCUGGCCUCCACCUCCGAGUCCUCCUCCACCGCGCUGGAUUGGAGGGACUACUUCGACCACCACACGCUCCCCCUCUCGCGGCGGAACCCUCUCCGGUGGCCGGAGUUUCCCCCCGAGUACCGGGAGACGGUGGCGAGGUACAGCGAGGAGAUGAAGGGUUUGGCGCAGAAGGUGCUGGGUGUGAUUUCGGAGAGUGUUGGGUUGCGAGCUUCGCGUAUUGAAGAUGCGGUUGGGGAGUUUUAUCAGAAUGUGACGGUUAGUUAUUACCCUCCGUGUCCCGAACCGGACCUCACGCUGGGGUUGCAGUCCCAUUCGGAUAUGGGGGCCAUCACGCUUCUCAUUCAGGAUGAUGUUGGCGGGCUUCAGGUUCUCAAGGGUGACACGUGGGUCAAUGUUCAGCCCUUGCAGGAUGCUGUUCUUGUUCUCUUGGCUGAUCAAACUGAGAUUAUAACCAAUGGAAAGUACAGGAGCUGUGAGCAUAGAGCAAUUACUAAUCCUGAUAGAGCAAGGCUCUCCGUGGCGACAUUUCAUGACCCUGCUAAGACAGUCAAGAUCUCCCCUGCUUCUGAAUUGAUAAAUGAGUCAUCACCUGCUAAAUACCGGGAUGUUGUUUAUGGAGACUAUGUAUUAUCAUGGUAUACCAAGGGCCCUGAAGGAAAACGAAAUAUUGAUGCACUUGUGCUGGAUUCUUAGGUUAGAGCUUAUUUCACUCCUGGUCUCGUGGCCUGUCUUGUAUCUUGUGGGUGAAAGGAAGUAAAAUUACUUUAUCAUGCAAAACUUCUUAUAUCAUCAUACUUUUUUCAUAUGGAUCUUGGGUUACAACUCAAACUGAGAAUGACACAAAUGUGUGAAUUUGAACAAUAAAUUAUUCAAAGUAUCAUAAACAUUGAUUGUAAUUUCUCUCCACCAAUUUCAUGUUCAGGCUUUCAAGAGGUCCAUAGUUCAAAUGAGCAUGAAGAUUUUUCUUGAAAUGCUAGAGAGCAGGUAGCAUAUCUUAAUGCUGUCGAGGCAUUAA